AUGCAGUGGUGUCUCCUCCUGAUCUGGGCUCAGGGGCUGAGGCAGGCUCCCCUCCUGGCGUCAGGAGCCGUGGCAGGCAGAAUAGUGACCGUGGGGAACAUUUCUGCAGAGGAAGGUGGCUCUGUCACCUUACAAUGUCACCUGUCCUUCACCACAGCCACGGUGACUCAGGUCGACUGGAAGCAGCAGGACCAAUUUCUGGCCAUUCAUCACGCGGAGUCCGGGUGGUCCAUCUACCCGGCUUUCAGGGAGCGAGUGGUCCCCCACCCCAACCUGGGCCUCACCCUGCAGUCCCUGACUACGAACGACACAGGGGUGUACUCCUGUGUCUAUCACACCUUCCCUGAUGGCAUUUACAGAGGGAGAUUCUUCCUGGAGGUCCUACGAAGCUCAGGGGCUGGGCACAGCGCUGGGUUCCUGAUCCCGCUGCUGGGAGUCCUGUUGCUGGUGGUCAUCUGCACAGCGGCCACCGCGGUGGUCACGUUGGCCAGAAAGAAGAAAUUUCUCAGAAUUCGUUCUGCAGAAAGUGGCCUCAGGACAGGGCCCUGUGGACAGGAGGAAUGGGGGCUCGGGGUUCCGGCCUCCCCUGCAAGCUGCGUCCUCACAGAAGCUGCAGCUGCCGGCCCAUGCAGAGAGCAGAGGGACGAUGACUAUGACGAGCCGCACGACUACUUCAACGUCCUGAGCUACAAAAGCCUCGGCGACAUCAGCUUCCCAGCAGAGACUGGUUAG